GCGCGGCGGGGGCCGGCCCGGCGGGGGCGGCGCGGGAGGGCGGCGGCUCCGCAGCGCCAGCGCAGGGCGAGCGCCCGUGCGGGGCUGGCCGGCGGCGGCGGAGGGCGGGCGGCGGCGGAGCAGCGCCCGCCUGCUGUCGGUGCCCGCGCUCGACGAGGACGCCGACGAGGACGCGGACAGCGACUUCGAAGACGGCCCGCCGCUCGACACGCUCGAGACGCUGGAGGUGACGAUCCGCGGGUCCGUGAUGGAGCUGCGCUCGGCGCUGGGGUCGGCGACGGCGGGCACGCGGCGCUCGCUGUGCCAGAUGCUGCAGCGGCCGCUGCGCGAGCUGCGCGCGCUGCGCCUGCUGCCCACGGAGCAGACGGUGACGCGGCUGCUGCUGGCGGACGAGCCACCGCCCAAGUUCUCGGCCAUCGACAUCGCCGCGCGCCGCUGCUUCCCGCUGCUCUUCACGCUGCUCUUCGGCCUCUACUGGCUGCUCUACCUCUACUACAUCACGGACGACAUCCCGGCCAAGGCGGCGCGCCUGCUCGACACGCGCCACGCCCUCGCGCCCGCCGCCUAGCCCAGCCGCGCACACAAGGACAUACAAGGUUGCUACUAAACAAGCACUGUAAAACCAAAUAUAUGACGGACUAUAAUAUACAUUUGUUGUUGAGGUUAUACUCACCAUGAGGUUCACUAUGUGAAAGUGAUUUUUAUUAUUAAGCAAUAUAUUUUGAGGGUGAAGCCUGUUACACAUAUGUGUGCCCCCGUAACUAGUAUAUGUGCACUCUGGAGCCAGGUAUAUAUAGUAUAUAAGAAGUGGAGAAAAUUGAACACUACGAGUUGGAGAAAUCCGUCGUUGCCUGACUUCCCCCGCAACAACAAAAAGUGCAGAGUGCGCCCAUCCUCUGCGCCUCCUCAGCCCCCUAGAACCUCCACGAGUUGGGAUGCCAGAGGUUUCCUGUGCUCGACGAGUGGUGACACAGGUAGAAUUUGGAACAAUAAAAAAUGAACAAAACAUGACGUGCCUCUUCAAAAAACAAUAGCGUUUUGCUGGUAAUAUAAACACAAUCAAAGCGAACAUGAUGUAUCACUUAAAUUAACUGAAUGAAAGCAUAUUUUUGUAAUUAUAGAUUGCCUAGCACAAACACUGAUAUACUUCUGGCUGUGGACUACUGCCAGAAGAAAUGUUUAUUGAGAAUGUUGCGUCCAUAAACCAUAUUGUGUUGUUCAAAACAACUUUUAAUCUAAAUAUAAUCAAUGCCUUUAAUUAUCAGUGAAAUUAAUUACGUGAUUAUGUUGUCUUAAUUUGUAAAAUAACCCGUGAUGAUGUGAAUCUGUUAAAAAAUGUGGAGAAUAAGUAAUAAUAGAAAUUGAUGAAUCUACAAUGAAUUUGUUAAUACAAUAAAACACGAAAGAAAAUUUAAAUGCUUAAUUGAACCAUA